AUGAUUCGUCGUAUUCAGUAUUAUCAUGCACCAUGUCAAAGGCGUUCAUCAGCUCUGCCUUGUUUCUACGAUAAAAAGCAUUUUUGUUUUUGUUAUGACUAUCAUCCGCAACGCUUAGCGAAUUGUUUAGAUUUCAAUCAUAAGAUAAGACACAAUUGCCUCGGCCAAAGCAGUUGUGAGAGUGGUGCUCAAUGUUUUCAAGACAAUCCGAUGUGUGUAUGUCCUACCUAUUUCUAUGGCAGACUAUGCCAAUUUAGCUCAAAUUGUUUCGGUCUUUCGCUUGAUGGUAUUUUGGGUUAUCAUAUUCUGCCACACAUUAGCAUUGUACAUCAGCCAAUUGUUGUAAAAAUCAGUAUCAUGUCGACUAUAGUCCUGACCAUGACAGGACUUAUUGAUGGUAUUCUUUCUGUGAUCACAUUUAGGAACAAAACGCUUUGGUGUGUCGGUAGUGGCAUUUAUCUAUUUGCUACAUCUAUCACUACUCUGUUAACGACGAUUGUUUUUGCACUGAAAUUUUGGAUACUUGUUGUUGCACAAAUGGCAUUUAAAAUGAAACGUUCGUUUUUGCAUUUCAGUGCAUUUCGAUUGAUUGUCUUCUUCAAAUUUGCCUCAACAUGGGUCGAUGGUUGGUUGCAUGUGUGGCUAUCGAACGAGCAUUAA